AUGGGUGUCUUAUACAAGUUGUAUUUCUAUUUUGGGGUUCGAUUCUUCUCUUGCAUGAUUUCUCUUAUGGAUUGUAUCAUUUGGAAUUGCCAAGGUGCGGCCUCAAAAGAGUUUAACCGCACCCUAAAAGACAUGUUGAAGUUCUACAAGCCCGGUAUUCUUGGUUUGUUGGAGCCUAAAGUUAGUGGUGCUCAAGCUGAUUCGCUGUGUAAUCAGUGGGGUUUUGAGAAUUGGGUUCGGGUUGAAGCUUUUGGCUUUAGUGGAGGCAUUUGGGUCUUCUGGAAAGAGACGCUUCAAAUUUCAGUGAUCAAAACCCACCCUCAAUUUAUUCAUCUUAGAGUGCAGAGUAAUGGAAUUAAUUCUUGGUUGCUGACUGUAGUUUAUGGUAGUCCAAACUUUAAUCUACGGAAACUUUUGUGGAUGGAUUUAAAUUCGGAAAUCAAAGAUAAUUUGGAUCCAUGGAUGGUGGUGGGUGACUUUAAUUCGGUGGUAUCUCUUGAAGAGGUUAGUUCUCAAGCUCAGUUUAAUUUCAACCGUUGUAAAGGGUUUCGCGACUGGAUCUUUGAUAAUGGGUUGAUCGAUAUGGGGUUUGUGGGAUCAAUUUUGACAUGGAGCAGAGGUUCUCAUGGUCAGCUGUUUAAAGGAGCAAGAUUGGACAGAGCUAUGUGCAAUGGAGCUUGGAGAGAGCUGUUUGAUGAAGCUUCACUGUUGCACCUUCCCAAAAACCGUUCGGAUCAUGCACCUAUUUUGGUUCGUAUUGAUUCUAUGAAUGGUUCUCAUAAGGAUUCCAUAUCUUCGUUUCGCUUCCAGGCUGCUUGGUUGACUCAUCCAGAGUUUCAUAACUUGAUUCAGGAUAAUUGGGAUAGUGGUGAUACGAUUACAAAUAAUAAUACCAGGAUUGCAUCAGUUCUCUCUGCUUGGAAUAGUAAUACAUUUGGAAAUAUUUUUAGAAGAAAAAGAAGAUUGUGGGCCAGAUUAGGUGGAGUCCAAGAAUGA